GUCGACAAUGUCAUCGCGGGAAAGGAAGCACCUACAGCCCAAUUACUACGAGGUGCUGGGCGUGGAGCGCUCGGCCUCGACCGACGAUAUCAAAACUGCCUACCGCAAGCUCGUGCUUGAGCAUCACCCCGAUCGCUACCACGCUAAGACCAAAGGCUCCGCUCGACGAAAAGAUGGCAAGGACGCGGAGAUUUUGCGUGUCAACGCCGCCUACGACCUGCUGAGCGACGACACGGCGCGUGUCAAGUAUGACAUCGAGAUGUUUGGCGUCUCAGCUGCUCCGAACUAUCACGACCGAGUGGUUGUGGGGGCAGACAACUACAAACCCAUGAGUUCGGAGGAUGUUCAUCAAAUGUUUGGAGGACUGAACGAGUACGAACGCUUCACUACGGCUCAGUACCACAGACAGCGAUCGCAUGUCGCCCCUGCUGCUAUCGGGCGGAGGGCGACGAAUCUCGCGGAGAGGAAGAAAUUUCGAGCAGCCAACUCAAAGUUGCCGACGCAGGGAGCGACGCUGAUGUGGCUGGCGUUUCCUAUUGCAUUGAUGGCGCUGUGGGGCGUCAAUCUGAGCUCUAUUCGCAACGAAUCGAACUCGUCUCGGAGGAGCAAGCAGUAGGAGAUUUACAGUAGAGUGGCGCUUAGCUGGUGUGCAUUGGUUGUGGUUGGACAGACCUCUGGUGGUUGCGUACAACACCUCCCUAGCUGCAGGGCACAAAACCUGUCCUUGAAGAGUGCUGUGCGACGGUCGCUUAGUUCAUUGGCGAAACGCGGUAAGAUUACGUACUAUGUAGUAGUCAGUGGUCCAUAAAAUGUCGGAA